AAAAGAACAAAAUAUAUUUCUUCAUACUUAUAACAAAUACACAUUUGCACUUAUCAGCACUCAGAAGAUUACAAAGUUAUAUACAUAUACAUAUACAUAUACUACCCUAUACAUAUGUACAUGUCUAUUAUAAUUCAGAUUUAAGUAAUGAUGAACAAUAACCGAUUAUUAGAUGAAUGAAUCAAAUUUUACUUACAUGAUAAAAUCCUUAUAAAGGGGAAUCAUAUAGAAUAGUGUAUGUAUGCACUUAGUCUUCCUUAUAAAAAAAUUUUUUUUUCUAAAAAAGUAAUAAUAAAAGUAUACAGUGACAUGCACACAAUUACACAAUCAUUAUUCAAUUACACAUUGAAUAAGUUUCUAUGAAUGAAACUUGGGAAAAAUUAAAACAAUUCAUGAAUUUGAUUUAAAAUCUUAUUAUAAAAUUACCUUAGUAACUAACAGAAAUGUAUUUGUCUUUUCUUUUCUCCCUUUUUUUUAAAAUGAAUAUAAAACUACUACUUAUAUAAAUUAAUAUAAAAAAAAAGACUUUGUUACAUACUACUUAAAAGAAAAACAAAUAAACGAUUGUGAUUAGUGAGAGAAAAAAGAAUGUUAUUCCAUCUUAUUCUAAUUCAUUGUAUUGUUUAUAUGAUCAAUGCUCAAGGUUGUACAAUGGACGAUGGGAGAGUUUUAUCCCCCGGUGAAGAAGUUCGAUUAGCAAACUUUCCAUGUGCAAUAUGCCGUUGUGAUCCAAAUACACGUGAAAUUGUUUGUGAAACAGAAACUUGUCCAACUUUGCAAUGUGGAGAAGAUGAAGGACAACUUCUAGAACCUGGUCAAUGUUGCCCAGAAUGUGUUGCGAAGAGUCGUGUGGAACCAGUACUACCCCAAGCUACACCUCGUACAUAUACGGACGAACCAAGGUCAACAAGAACACCAAGACCAACUGCCGAACCAGCACAAACUCUACCACCUCCACCGCCACCAUUACCUGAUGGGUCUCCAGGACUUAGAGGACCUGUUGGACCGCCUGGACCUCCUGGACCACCGGGAGAUCCUGGUUUUGAUGGUGAAAAUGGAUUGCCUGGUAUGCCUGGUCUCCCAGGUCCACCCCCUCAAGAUGUUGAUGACUACAUGCAACGUUCUAGAGCAAUGGUAAAAGGUCCAGUUGGUGAAAAUGUAACCAUGUAUCAAGAUAUCCGGGUAACAAUGGGACCACCUGGUGAGCCAGGUGCACCCGGAUUCCCAGGAGUCAUAGGCACACCUGGACCGAUCGGACAACCUGGGCUGAUGGGAGAUCCCGGUCCAUCGGGAAACCCUGGAUCGCGAGGACAUGCUGGGCCUGUUGGAAAUGAUGGAAAAGCUGGACCGAUAGGAAGACCUGGGUUAAAAGGUGCUCGAGGACCACGUGGCAUACCUGGAGUCAUGGGAGAAGCUGGGCUUCCUGGAGCAAUGGGUCUACGAGGUGAACGAGGAGAACGUGGAGAAGAAGGUAUCAAAGGAAUGGCUGGUGAUUAUGGGCCGAAAGGACUACCAGGACCUGUAGGACCGAAAGGUUCGAUCGGUCUUCAGGGUCAACGAGGUGAACCGGGCCCCAGAGGAUUCAUGGGACUGCCAGGACCUAUAGGAGUUGAUGGGACAGAUGGUGUUCCGGGAGCACCAGGUGAUCCUGGAGCACCUGGCCCCCAAGGAAGUCCUGGGUUGCAAGGCCCAGAGGGACCUAAAGGUCAACCUGGUCUUCCUGGCCCUAAAGGAGAAGUCGGUUUCCCCGGAUUACGUGGAGAUAGGGGGGCGCCAGGACCACCUGGCAAUCCUGGAAAACAGGGUGCACAUGGACCUCCAGGGGCAAUAGGUAAUAAAGGAGAGCCGGGAGAUCGAGGACACCCUGGAAAACCUGGGAUGAUGGGAAUCAGAGGAUUUUCUGGUGGAGAAGGAGAAAUAGGUCUUGUGGGUGCGAAAGGACCAGAAGGCUCGGUUGGAUUGCAAGGUGCGCAAGGUUUGCCAGGACCAGAAGGUAUCAAAGGUCGUCGCGGUGAACGUGGCCCGCCGGGACCAGUAGGUGAACAAGGUAGUAGAGGUAUACGUGGUUCCGCUGGGCUAUCAGGAGCCCCUGGGCACGAAGGCAGUCGCGGUCUUCCAGGACUUCGUGGUCCUCCGGGUCCUGAAGGCCCACCAGGUGCUAUUGGUCCAGGUGGAGCACCUGGCAUAACUGGUCCCGUUGGUGAGAAAGGAGCUCAAGGAGACAUUGGCCCAAGUGGUCUCAAAGGCCCUACCGGUCCUAGAGGUUCAGUUGGGAAUCGUGGACAACCAGGACCAACUGGUGAACCUGGUCCUAAGGGUCCACUUGGAUCUAUUGGUCGACCUGGCAUGCCUGGUGCAGCAGGAAUUCCUGGUCCGCACGGCCCUCAAGGAGGACAAGGGUUACGUGGUCUACCUGGUUCAGUCGGGAAGACCGGUGACCCUGGAGCAGUUGGAUCAAGAGGUCCCAGGGGUGACAGAGGUCCACGAGGGGAACCCGGACCUCCGGGUCCAUUUGGACCGUCAGGUGAGAAAGGCCAACGUGGACAAUCUGGCAAACGUGGUCCUAUGGGAGCAGAAGGUAGAGUUGGUCCCGAAGGUCCACCAGGGACACCUGGGAAACCGGGUGAUCCUGGGCCAGCUGGAGAACCUGGGCAUAUCGGUCCACCAGGACCUCCAGGAGAACGUGGAGCCCCAGGACAAAUGGGCCCACCGGGCCCACCUGGAAGGGCUGGGGACAAAGGAGCUUCAGGUCCAGUUGGACGUGAUGGGCUCAAGGGCGACAGGGGUGAAAAAGGUGACAUGGGAGACAGUGGGACGGUUGGUGUUCCCGGCCUUGUUGGCAAUACUGGAAUUCGUGGUGAGAGGGGUGAAAAGGGUGAUAGAGGACCCACUGGGCCACGAGGGGAACCGGGCCCAGUGGGAGCUCCAGGACAGAGAGGGUCCGACGGCCCUAUGGGACACCCUGGACCGCAAGGACGAACUGGUAACAAAGGGAUAUUAGGAAUUCGUGGUUAUCAGGGCGACAAAGGGACACCUGGGGAUCAGGGACCACAAGGUAUUCCGGGUGAUUCAGGUAUACCAGGGCCACCCGGCCCACCUGGUUCUGUCGGAAUGAAGGGAGUCAAAGGGGAAAUGGGUCCACGUGGACCUCGUGGUGAGGCUGGUAACAUGGGAAUAAAAGGAGUUCAAGGACCACCUGGGCCUAAAGGUCACCCUGGAUUACCAGGUCAGCAGGGUGAUAGAGGCCAACCAGGUGUACAAGGAGAUCAGGGGUCGGAAGGUUUAAUUGGAGAACCUGGACCUCAAGGACCACCAGGAGAAAAUGGUCGACCAGGCCCACCAGGACCUGCUGGACAAACUGGGCCUAAAGGUGAGGCUGGGGACCCAGGACUCGAAGGACCCGCGGGUUCAGACGGAAUGGCUGGACUUCCGGGUCCUGCAGGUGAUAAAGGGGAACGAGGAGACCCUGGAUUACCGGGUACAGUAGGUCCAAUUGGACCAGAUGGUGAUCAAGGACCAAGUGGUGCACCGGGAAAAAUUGGACCAACGGGACCACCUGGUAAUGUGGGGAAACCUGGCGAAAUGGGUCCGCCAGGAAAUGCUGGUUUACCUGGAAGAACAGGUUUACCUGGUCCUCCUGGAAAAGACGGUCAGAUGGGAAAACAAGGUCCUCGUGGUGAAGAGGGACCUCGAGGACCAGACGGGAAUGCAGGAAUGCAGGGCCCACCCGGGGCUUCGGGUGUUAAGGGUCCUCCAGGAAGCAGAGGACCAACUGGUCCAACUGGAAUCAGAGGACCGCCUGGACUAAUUGGACAACCUGGACCACCAGGUAAACAAGGAAGUCAAGGAAGACCUGGAAAACCAGGUCCAGAUGGAUUUGAAGGGAAACGAGGUCCUCCGGGUGAAAUAGGAGCACCUGGAGUUCCUGGAAACAAAGGACUAGUGGGAGACGAAGGAGAACCUGGCUCAAGAGGUGCAUCCGGAAACAUGGGUCUUACUGGACCACCUGGUGAUGGUGGACCUCCUGGAUUGCCAGGAAGUCCAGGUUCAAGAGGACCACAAGGACCAAUGGGUGAAGUUGGCCUAAAAGGUGAAACGGGUCUUCCAGGAGUUCCAGGACCAAUUGGGCAACCAGGACCAAUGGGACCACCAGGUAUUCAAGGUCCACCGGGUGAACCAGGACCGCCAGGAAAUGAUGGUCCUCCGGGAGCCAUUGGUUUGCCUGGACCACCGGGAGAGUUUAAAACUGACUAUACAUCAUUGUUUAGUCGUAGAAGAGAUUCAGAUGCUGGAAUGAUGCAAGCCGAUGAACCCCGUAAUAGAGGAAGGAGAAUACGCCGUUCAUAUGAAUGGAGUGAUGAAGAUUAUGACCCAAGUAAAGAAACUGAUCCUAAUGAUGAGGAGGAAGAUAUUUUUGAAGCAUUGCGUCAAGUUGGAAGACUUGUGAAUAGUUUGAAUAGUGGGAGUGGAACACAAUUCAAUCCUGCACGAACAUGUCAUGAUUUAAAAAGAGAUCACCCAGAGAAAAAAGACGGUAUGUAUUAUGUUGAUCCAAAUGGUGGUCAUUGGAGAGAUGGAAUUAGUGUUUAUUGUCGUUUAAGCGGUUUAGAAACUUGUGUUAGUCCUAUUACAGAACAAAUGUCAUCAAUUUAUUUAUCACAAACUAAACAAAAACGUUUAUGGUAUUCGGAAUUUUUAAUGAAAACAGAAAAUGCUCAAAUAGAGUAUAAUAUACCAAAGGAUCAAUUAGUUUUUCUUCAAAUGUCAAGUGAAGUAGCCAUACAACGAUUAAAAGUGAAUUGUCGAAAUAUACAAAAUAUAUUAGAAAUUAUAUCUUUGUUAAGUGAUAAUAAUGUGUUGAUUGAAUUCAAUGAAACUAUACAAUUAUUUUCUAUUGAAAUAGAAGAAAAUACAUGUGGGCAAAAACAAAGUGGAAGUCUUCUUCUUACUGUACGUACAAAACAACCAUCUUUAUUACCAAUCCGAGAUAUUCGAAUAACAACUAAUGGAUUAUAUGAUUCUGAAUUAUCUCUAGAAGUCGGUACAAUUUGUUAUGGUGGUAUGGAUCCUGAACAAUUCAAUAUAACAGAUAUUGAUAAUAAUAAUAAUAAUAGUAAUAAUAGUAAUAAAGAAGAUUCAAAUCACAAUAUUUAUGAUCAUAUUGAGCAUAAAUCAAAUUUUCAAGUGAAAAAGUCCAAUUUCAACGAAAUGAAUAAUAAUAAUAUUAAACUUGUAUCUGAAUCAUUUUAAUUUAACACUUACUAUGGUUAUUAUUAAUAUUAAGGGAGGAGGUGGGGUUGAUGGAAGAUUUAUAUACUCUCAAAGUAAUAUAAUGAUAAACCAACAAUUACCAUGGCAAUAUAACCAAUGCUUUAUCUUUAAUCAAGAAAUAUUUGUAAAUCUAUUUCAAAAAUAAAAAUGCAAUAAGAAUAUGAAAAAAAAAGUAUAUUUUAUACAUGAAUUUUAUUAGAUUUCAUUUCAUUUCUCUUUUAUUGGAAGAAAGAUUGGGUUUUCAUAGUGUUCCAAGUUAGUUUUCAUUAUCUUCUAUCUUUAAUCUCAUUCAUUAAAGAAUGAAUAUUGUAUGUCAUUGAAUGUUUAAUAGAAUAUAAGAUACAAUAAUCAGUUAAUCAAUAUUUUUUAACUGAUAAAUUAAUCAAUAUUACUUCGAAUAGUUGUCAGUUAAUUCAUUUUUAUCACUUCAUUUCCCAAUCGGAAAACGUCCUCAUUUUUUUUGAUGAUGAUGAUGAUGAUGAUGAUUGUUGUUUGGCUUUGAUGUUUGUGUAUAUGUUGGAAAUAAUCAAUGAUUUGAAAGACAAUUUUUCAUAAUAAAUUGAUAUAAU